AGUUUCGUUCGCGAGUUUGAUUCCGAGAGUAACGUUCGUAAACAUACUCUCCAAAUUGUCGUUCUGAAUUUUUAGUAACAGUUCCGUAUUCGCGAAUAACAUAAAUUCCGUUGAUUUUAUUAAUAAAGAAUCAGUUAUAACAAUUUUGGGGUUUUUAUUAGGCUAAAAAUCCAAAUCUGGUUAUCUAAUGAUUCGAAAUCGAUUCUUAAUUUGCUUUGUUCGCAGGUCUGAUUCCGAAUCAUUUUGGAGACCGUUCGUAUGCUCUCUGGGACUGAUUUCAAAUCCACCCCGCGAACGUAGCAAAUUCAGAACCGGUUCCGAAUACUAACUAAUUUGAAAUGCUUUGUUCGCGGGUCGGAUUCGAAACCAGUUUUAAGAGUGGUCACGGAUGAACUUUGAGAUCGUUUAAAGUUCUUUGUUUAGUGUGGAAGAUUUAAUACCUAAAUGUAAAAACCAUGCAACAGUAGUGAAUAGUAAUUGGUUACGAACUCAGUUGAAAAUCAGUUCUAUUUGUGAUCCGUGAAGAAAUACUACAAAAACGAUAAAAGAGAUAUGUGUGAAAUGAAAAAAGAGUAAUAAAUAGAUCGCAAAUUGCCAAAAAAAAACAUUCAACAGAAUAUAAUAAGGUAACCAUGGCUAGUCGAAAGAAGACUUUACUAAAAGUCAUCAUCCUGGGAGACUCCAGUGUGGGUAAAACAUCUCUAAUGAAUCAAUAUGUAAACAGAAAAUUUUCGAAUCAAUAUAAGGCGACUAUUGGUGCAGAUUUCCUAACAAAAGAACUUACUGUAGAUGAUAGAACUGUUACGAUGCAGAUAUGGGAUACAGCAGGUCAAGAGAGGUUUCAAUCGUUAGGUGUAGCUUUUUACAGGGGAGCCGAUUGUUGUGUCUUAGUUUUUGAUGUAACAGCUCCUAAUACAUUCAAAUCUUUGGAUAGUUGGAGGGAUGAAUUCCUCAUCCAAGCUUCCCCUAGAGAACCAGAAAAUUUCCCUUUCGUUCUCUUAGGAAACAAAGUCGAUUUGGAACCAAGGGCGAUUUCGCCUAAAAGGGCGCAACAAUGGUGCCAAUCCAAAAACAACAUCCCUUUUUUCGAAACAUCAGCCAAAGAAGGCUUAAACGUAGAACAAGCAUUCAUGGCCAUCGCCAAAAACGCUCUCGCCCAACAAAAUUCCACCGUCGAUUUAUAUAACGAAUUUCCGGAUCAGAUCAAACUUACCAACACGCAGAAAACCAACAGUAACGGUGAUAGUUGCGCUUGUUAAGUUAAUUUAUUAUUAAUAUAAUUUUUUUUAUUAUUAUUUUCCAUCGCAACUGUCAGGAAAAGGAUGUUUAGUAUUGGUUAAUAAACUGUUCGAUUAUGCCAAGUUUUUUACUUACAAGUAACCAUUUUUUUUUGUUAGUAAAGUAUUAAUAGCAGCUAUUAACCUUUAUUAAACUAAAACUCGUGUAAUUUCUACAAAUAUUGAAAAAAAAAAUCAAAACGAAUGUUAUAUUUGUGAUAAAUAUAAAUGGCAUUAGCGGUAUUAAAUUGUAAAUACGGAGCUAGUGAUGGUAGGAACUUGGGUGUUAUAAUAUUUACGGUUUAUUAACUGUUAGUUUCUUUCUUUUUUUUUUUUUCUUGUGACUAAUUGAUCAAUUCAUAGUUGUCUGUUUUUGGGGAGUGUAUAUUUAAACGAUUGGCAGCACUGAAAUUUUAUUUUUCACAUCAAUCUCUAAAGUUUUCUUCUUACUACCAAUACAAUAUGGUUCUGUUUUUGUGUGUUAGUUGGUGUACCGACUCACGUCCGACGCUAAGUUUUGGCAUUUAUUGCGAAUUAAUUGAAUAUUUGAUUUUUCGGCUGUCUCAAUGUCCAAUUCAUACAUAUAAUAAAAUUUUUGUAUUUCCAACAUAUUCAAGUCUAUUUUAAUAGUGUAAAAGUAUCACUUUUAUUUUCUUUUGUUUUUCCAUCUAUAGGUGUGUCUGAUGAUGGAUAUUCUGUUGGUUUUAUCCAAAAAUCUUUCGUUUCCAUAUUACCAAAGGUCCGUUGCCAGCGAUGUCUUUAAAUUUGAUUUUAUUCAUGGGAAAUUGUCCAAAAAUUUGGACUGUUCCUUUAAUUCCAUGUUUUUCUCAAUUUUUCAUCUUCUAUAGACUUUUUUAGCCCAAAAUUGGUAAUUUUCAUAUUUUUAAAGGUUUUUUUCAUAUAGGAUCUUUGAGUUUUAUUUUAUUUAUUGGAAAUUGUUCAAAAAUUUUAACUGUUCCUUUAAUACCAGGUUUGUCUCAACAUACCAUCUUCUAUAGACUUUUUUGUAUUCUUCUCAGUGUCCAACUCUCAUUUAUUCAUUAGAAAUUGUCUAAAAUUUCCUCUUGUUCCUUGAGUUAGUCUGAUUGGAAUCUGCUUUUUUUUCAGUUUCCAACUUUCACUUUAUUAUAAAUUGUCCAACAUUUUUAGAUUAAUAUUAUAAUAAUAUUAAUGCCCUUUUACCAUUUCAAUGAAGAUGUUAGUUGGUAUAUAAUUUGUAGUAAAUCAUAUCGAUACUUUUUCAGUUUUCCAAAUAAUAAAAUUUAUCAGAAGCAUUUUUAAUGUUUGUCAUCUCAAAAAUCUUUUUUUUUUUCAACUUGGGACUAAUCGACGGUUUUUUUUUAUUAUCAAAAAUGUUUUUUUUGCCAAAAAAUUGAAAUUUGGUUUUUCCUAGUGACUUUGUGCCAAUUUAUUUUCUAUAUUGAUCGAUUAAAAGUAUACUCCCCUGUAGCACUGAAAAUUUUUGCUUUCUCCAGGCUUCGGAUGUGAUACUUCUAAAUAGUAGUGUAUAGUAUUGAAAAAAAAAAUUGUUUCGCCUUCUUUUUUUAUUUACUGCAAUAUUUUUAAAUGUAUAUAAAAUGUUAUUUAUAUUAUAGUUGCGUUUAAAUAAUAUUAACAACAUUGCAAGAGUGUUUUGAAAAUACAGAAAACUGUUGAUAAUUAUGCAUUUUCUGUAUUUUCUGAGGUGCCUCGGUAUCUAAUAUAAACCAGUUUACAAGUUGAGUUCGUAAUAAUCAUAUCAAAAAUGUUUUUCGGUAGAUUAGAAAAAAUUGCAGUACGAAUUUUAUGCAACAUUUCAAGUUGUUGCGUAGAGCUUGUGUGGAGUUGAUUUUAUUAUGAAAUAUUAUAAAUUUGUAUAUUACAGGUAAUUGAUAUAAUAAAUACAAUAAUUUUAGGUUAAA